GGAUGGCUCCAAGGUUAACUGAGAAACAAGAAGCUUAUUGAAAACUAGUUUAUUUUUAAUAAAAAAACAACUUAUUCAGAAUAUGUACCUCAAGCUUUGUUCAUUGAUGGCUCUGAUAGUUUUGAACUAAUAACUUUCCCAUUCGACCUACGUCCCCAUCAUCAUUGUAAAGCAAUACUUGUCAGUUGUACGUACACGUAAUGUGUAGAACACUCACCUUUCCGUAACGGAGAAGGUGAUGGAUGCUAACACUUCCAACUACGACGACGACGACCACGCCAGCGCAGAAUGUGUGGAAAAUCACUCCCCCACACAUAGGCAUUCCCCACAGUCAGUCAGUCAGUGAUGGUUGAUUUGGGUACCUACCAUUCGGUGUGAGCUGAGUACCGUGGCGACCGAUUUGAUCCACCACCGGUCGGUCGGAGAGUGAGAGUUCUUUGUUGUACGAGUUACGGAGUGCAACUUCAGAAUGAAAACUCGCGGACCGGUUCCUGAAAUCAAUGUCUUCAGAGCAUCGUGCCGUGCCGUGCCGUAUGUGCCACUCUCAUCAUCGGCUGGGUGACGGAGGGCGGUGGAAAAAGCUCUUCUCCCUUCGCCGCGUUGGAGUAGCACAUGUUGUAGCAUUAGUAAGGCAGCGGGUGGUAGUAAAAGGAAAAAGCUACUCCUUGCGGAGGGUUCAUUGUAUGUCGCGCUAGUAGGUACCGUACGCCGUACGCUGGUUGGUUUGGUGUGCGCUCUUGUAGUUGUAGGGUACAUAGAGCUGAGAGGAGCAUUACGCUCGGUCGUCGGUCGUUUGGUCGUGGCGUAGUUUUCCGUGCUUUGACAUUCAUGUACAAAUUUUCUGGAGAAAUUGCGGUAAUGUGGCCUCAGUUGUCGGCAGAAGUGGAAGCGGAGCAGCAUCCUGAGUUUUAGGAGUACAUUAUCUCGGUAGCGAGCACGGAGAGUGUCUCUAUACUGGAGCGGUCCCAUAAGAAGCACCCAGCGUACGUAGUGUAUUGUGAGGUUGCAAUUUUCUUUCUUCCGACCGUCAUCAGCAUCAUCGCCGUCAUCGGCAGCAGGACUCGUGACGGAAGGAGCAGUAGAGUGUAUUUUAAGGAAGAACGAAAGGCUCUCCGACAGGCCGCAAAGCUAUAUCUGGCUGGCACUACCAGACAGUUCGUAGCGGCAGCAGCACUCUGGAAAAGAACGGCGUUGUGAACAGAGGCAACAUUGGAUUCCUCUUUUGCCAAAUUGGCCUACCCCGGACAAAGAUGGUGUAGUGAAUAGUAGUGGCCUGAAGUCUGAAGUUGGAAGUGGUGUAAAAGAAAAGUUCCUAUUUAGACGACAUUCCUCGAGGGUGUCUCUAUAAAACCAAUUCUAAGCCGUUCCCGUUUAAGCCUAGGGACUGUGGACAAGUGUCUUUCCUUUGUGGAAUCUGAAUAAAUUUGUAAUCGUCUUACGGGUAGUGAGGAUAGAGUGUGAAAUUGUUCCGUUCCUAGACGGCUGCGUGUAAAAAGGUGACAUUGAGUUGGAAUUUUCGUGAAGGUCUACGGCCUCGCUGCUUCUUUCGUACGUCAGCGAUCGUAACUCGAGAGGAAUCCAAUCAGCAGCAGAGAGCGAGAUGCCAGGACUUUUCCCAAACAUCGACGGUCAUGAUUCGGGUACGGAGUCCGAUGGUGACUUGGAUCAGGAGGACGAUCUGAUUCAGGAACACGAUAUGGAGCUAAGUUUAAGUUCCCGACAAGACACCGUAUCGCCAACGGAUACGGCAUGCUCCUCCGAAUCGCCGGCGUUUCUGGGUGCGGCCUCACAUCUGCUCCUGUACGACCAGAACAGUUCCGAAGAGGAGCUGGAAGUGAUCAACGGUAGUGUUCUGGAGGCGAGCAGUGAAACCGAAGGCGAUGGGGGUGGAGAUGGCGGCGGGGGUGGUGCAGACUGUGCCAGCGGUAUUGACCUAGGAAGCAGCGAAAGUCUCAGUCGGUUGGCCUCGGGACACCACCCGGAACUGGCCGAGGUGGACUUCAGUAGCCCUGCGGGCGAUGAGCUAGACGAGUGCACCGAGGAGCUGUGCCUGGUAGCAGCGUCCCCAGUGGCCGGUGCGCUUCGGCCGCUGGCAAUCACGCCCACCCAGGUGGGAGCCGGCAAGCGGUGUAGUUCAAAUAAUCUGCUUGAAAAGCGCAAACGAUCUCUAGCGCACAGCUCGGAUGAGGAGGUUCGUCAUCUGCUCGAACAUCAGCAUCAGCAACAGCAUCAUCAUCACCAUCACCACCAUCACCAGCCGUUGAUGUCGGCGCCACCGGUAAAUUUCCGCACGUCGCCCCCACUAGAAGCUUUAAAACCACACCGUGGCCAUAUAAUCCAGCGUUCGACCACCCCGCUCAUCCUGACGGAGAGUGGCCGCGGUCUGGAGCACAUUAGAAUAUCAUCGUCCUCGUCGAUCUCGUCGACGACGUCUUCGCUCUCGUCCCUGGGAGGGGCCUCCGUCGGCACGGUCUACGGAGGUGGCAUCGGGGGCCUGCCCACCUGUGAUAGUCCGGCCGCGCUGCCGUCCGGCCUCAGCAACCACCACCACCACCAGCACCACCAUCAAGCGCAGAAUAGUAGCAACAAUCUAGCACUGUUAAGUACAACAAAUACUCCCACGGGUGCGCCCGCGACGCCAGUGGGAAUGCCAUUCAUUGGCCAGGAACCGCCCGGUGCCGCCGCCAUAGCGAUAGCCAAUAUGGAAAUCAGCCGGUCGGUUAGCCCCCCGGCGAAGGUGUUUCACUGUGCGGUAUCGCCCCGCCGGAGACAGAGCCGCCACCAGCAGCAGAGGAUGCCACGACCGCACAGGCCAUGUUUAGAUUUCGAUAAGAUGCAGCAACUCAAAGCACGAUCGGUGACCACCUGGCGGCACAGCAACGAGCACUCGGGCGAGCUGUCCGUGUUCUGCUGGUGAUGAUGAGCACCCGGCGAACGAUGAGCCAAUGGAGGGGGCGGCGACGUCGACGGUAUCGAUUGCUGCUGCACGCCCCAAAAUGGCCACAACGUUUGUCCUGAAGGAUUGAUGAAGCGGAUCGAAGGUGCAACAGCCGCCACGCAGAGGACAACACAAGAGGACAUUAGGACGAUUAUUACGACGACGACCGUUUGGACCGAAAAGCUACGUGUGUUUAUUGUUUAUUUUUUCUAUCACUCGGAGUUUUGCUAAACUGACUCACUCACAUCAGAUGAAAAAGCCACCAUGAUCCGAUUUUCUAGGUUUUGACAGAGUUGACUCACGAGCAUGAUUGAGAGGAUAUUUGUUGAGCAUCAUUGAGAGUUCCGAUCCAAGGCGUAUUUCAUUGUUUCUGUUGUGGUAGUGAAUGUAAUCUAAUGAAAUACAAAGGAAAUUUCACUUCUCAUGAAAGCGAUUCAAGGACGGCCGGAUGUGAGGUGUACUGAAGCUGGUUACAAGUUUUGUGAAGCUAAAAACAAAAAACUCUGUUAUUAAUGGAUAAGAAUUUACAAGAAACAAUGUUUUAUCGAUUAGUUUAAGCUUAAUCUAUUACAUUUCAAAGCAAUUUUGUGAUUUUAAUAUUUAGUAGUGUGUUUUUAUGUUAAUCUUUUUAUCUCAUACUCACAAGUGAACCAACAAAUUACUGCUACUGUUCACAAAGAACAAUUCAACCCCAGUAGAAUAGUUAGUAUGAUAUGAUUUGUUUGCAAUCGAGUUGAGGAUGUUAUCUGAAGAAGAGUAUUACUCAGCAUUUGUUGAAAAAAAAAGUAAAAUAUUGGCACGUUUGCGUGAUUCAAUGGAAAACACUGAAACUGAUGUGUAAAUCGAUGUUUUUAAAAGUUAUGAACGUCAAAAGUAUUGGAGAAUGAUUGGUUGAAUAUUUAAUAAAAGACGUAAUAUAAGUAUCUCUAGUUCUCAGGGAUCUAGGGCAUAACUAAAAGAUAUUCUGAAUACUUGGCUCGUACUAUACCGAACGAUUGAUGUGCAAGUGGGUUUUCUUGAAAUAUUUCUGUUGGUGGGGCCCUCCAUGAGGCAAAAAUCUAGGAAGGAAACCGAUAACCCUAGCAACCAGAUUCUGCCAUUUUAAACAUGCACACAGUAAGGAACAACUACAAAUGAAGAUACUGCCGCAAUAUCUACUCUGUCAUUAAUUGAGAAGCCAGCAACUGACACUUUGAAAGACGAGCAAUUUUCUAUCGAAUCUACGACAGUUCACAUUUCUCCGCAUUGAUCUCCAGACUGGUGAAUCACAUUAAUGACAGAAGCAGUUAACUUAUAUAACUCGUCUUACUGUAACACCUGUAAGAAGAACUCGAAAAACACGAAAAAAGCGAAUAAUUUUAAAAGAAAUACAAAACAAACUCGAUCCACUCAAUUGUAGUUCACGAAACGAGAAAAUCGUUUCUGAAAUAUGAAUCGCAUCGCGAGAAAAACGACAAAUACAUUAUUAUUAUGAUUAUUAUACACAUAUUUUACCGGAAAACAAAACUAAACAACAGAACACAGCAAAUCAUAGAAUAUAAAUAGCCAUAACAAAAAAUUAUCAUUAGUCAUUUAAUGGAAAGCAGAAUGAACGGUCAGAGGGCUCAUGUUAGAAUUCCACAAUAAUGUCCAACGUUUUGACGGAACGAACAAGUACUUUCACUUGAUGAUGAACCCAUAGCACGGAGCGAUACUUUACUAGGUGUGAUUUACAUUUAUUGAUACAAAUACGAUACGUAGAAAGCUAAAUACCGAGUAUACUUGCUGCUAGUAGUCAAACUCACCAGGCAAAUUAUGGUUUUCCAUUUUCUUUUUCUCAAUGGAGACUGACCUCCCCUCUAAACCCGUGACAAAUAAGCGCGUGCAUUUCAGAACUGCUACUCCUCAAUCAGUCUACUCAAAGCGUCAGGAAGAAAGAAAAAAUAGUCGGAAAAUCGUCACGAUCAGAUUCCGAAACUCGUGCAAUUGGUGCCAACUUUGAGAGGCUGUGAUAUUUGGGAACGGAUUGAGGACCCUCUGUGAUUGGUUGCAGCAGCUUUGAAUUCCACCUCCCCGUUUCUUCUUAUUCGUUAGGCGGAUUUCCAUCACUUGUAAAUUGUGACAAAUACCCAUUUACCUUAUUGCAAUAAUAACUGGAGAGUAUUUUGAAACUGAUAGCGACGCACUUUCGGGAGUGAAUGACCCAAGGACUAAAAAGCCAGUGGGAUGUGAACGAUUUUUCGAACAAUUAAAGCUUAAAAGCAGGUUAUGAAAGCUGGAAAGUAAUAGGAGAUCUAGCAGUUCCCUAGAUAAGAGAAUUAUCACAAAAGUUAAUAAAAUAUGAAUCUGAUUGAUGAUUUCUACAACAUCCUACAAACACUACAAUCAGCAAGUAUGGGAAAAUUCAAUUUGAACGCUGGUGAUUCAAAAUAUGAAAAGAUCAACAGCCCUGGUAGAAAUCCCUAGCUACGCCAAUGGGUAGAAUAAUCGAGAUUUCUUGACAAAAAUGGUCCUAGACCCCAUGAUGUUUUGAUAUACUUUUUCAGAUGGGGCUACGAACUGAUUUUUGUUGAUCGAAACCAUUGAAAUUUGCUGGGUUCGAAAAGUAAAUCAGUCAACGAAAAUAAUACACAUCCUAUAUUGACCGCAUGGAUAAUUUAUCAAUACAUUUUUUACGGAAUGCCCAGAACAUUUUUAGGUGAAAAUUCUAAAAAAAAACAAUUUGGUGGAAGGAACCUGCUUUAUUGAUCCAUGGGCCAUUCCCAUUCGUUCCAUAAAUGGUUGUUCGAAAAGCUAUUCUUAUCUCACUGGAAGAAAGUUGGAAUUUGUUUAUAGGUAAACUAUUUCCAUUCGGAUCGCGAAUAAAAAAAAACCUGUGAAAAUUGACAAGACACGUUGAAAAAGAAAUAGAUCAAGAAGUUUUUUUUUAUCAUGACAUGCAAUUACUAAACGAUUGACUUCGAUCAAAACAUGAGAAAACUCCUCGAUUAGGAGGAACGGACAAAACAGCAACACACACAAAAAGAACGAUCGCUUUUAAUAUUGGAAAUAACGAUAAGAAAAAAAAAAACAAACACACAAACAACUUAUAAAUAUUGUACUAGUAGGCAACCCGAUCUUAAAUUUAAGGAUACAAAAAAUAAAGAAAUACAUUUUCAGUGAAAUCAAUCAAAUCAUGAAUUAAAACAAAACAAAAAACAAGGAAGGAAGGAAGAAAAAGCAUAAACAAAAAAGAAGAAGGUGCAAUGAAGAGUCAAAACGUGAAGGCAUAGCCCACAAACUCACACAGUACGAGACAGAAACAAACUCGUAGAAAAAAUCUUAGAUGUCGUCUCUAUUAAAUUGGAUAUCAAUAAAGAAAAAAAA